UCUCUUCGAUGCCAACCAAAAAUUGACGCAACCCAAAAGCCCACGCCACCUCCACGGGUCCACCAACACCAAACAAUUUUUAAAUUUCUUUUCAUCUGAAUAUAUCAAAAUCUCCCUUCCAAUAAAAAUGAAACCACCAAAUUCUUAGUUUUGAUGCCAGCUGAAUUUAACUUCGAAAUUUUGGGUUUUGAGUGAGGUUGUUUCUUACUUAUGGUAAUGGAGAUUGCAUUUGAGUCAUCAAUUCUGGGUCGACCCAUAUUCAUUUCUGGCACCAAAACCUCUUCUUUCUUGCAUUACAAUCGGGUUUCGAAGAUACCCUUUAAGGUUUCCCAAAAGAGUUAUCAAUACCCACCUCGUAUUUCAUCAAAACUUACCGAUUUUAGACCUUACUGUAGUUCAAUUUUGCCAAGAAAUCGUUCAAAAUCAUCUCGCAAUGUUAGCACUGAUCUGGGUACUGAUCAAAAUGUGAACAUGGAGUUAAUAAAAGUGCUGUUGAAAAGGGGUGUUGUUUUUGGUGCAAUGGUUUGUGGGGUUUUGGUUUUUGGGUGCAGGAGGGUGCUUGCAUCUGAGGGUGUGGUUAAUGCGGGGUAUGGAGUUAUUGGGCAGAGUAUAUUGUUGUUGAGGACUGCUUGGCCUAAAAUCUCGCAGCUCCUUAGAGUUUUUAAAGAGCAAGGUUUGAUAUUGGCUGCGCUUUUGGGACUGUCUGCAUUUUUUUCCAUGGCUGAGACUUCCAUAACCACGUUAUGGCCAUGGAAGGUGCGUGAGUUGGCGGAAAAAGAGUCUGAUGACGGGGUCUUCAAAAUGCUCCGCAGUGAUGUUACUCGUUUUCUGACGACUAUUCUUAUCGGCACAACUGUUGUUAAUAUUGGAGCAACUGCAUUGGUAACGGAGGCAGCCACAGCUAUAUUUGGUGAAGCUGGUGUUAGUGCAGCCACUGGCGUAAUGACUGUUGCCAUAUUGCUUCUUACUGAGAUCACUCCAAAAAGUAUAGCUGUACACAAUGCCACUGAGGUUGCUAGGUUUGUGGUUAGGCCAGUGGCGUGGCUUUCUUUAGUAUUAUAUCCUGUUGGAAGAGUUGUCACAUAUCUGUCAAUGGGAAUGCUGAAGAUGCUUGGUUUAAAAGGAAGAAGCGAACCAUAUGUUACAGAAGAUGAGUUGAAGCUGAUGUUGCGAGGGGCAGAAUUGAGUGGGGCAAUUGAGGAGGAGGAACAGGAUAUGAUUGAGAAUGUGCUAGAAAUUAAGGAUACACAUGUUAGAGAGGUCAUGACACCUCUUGUUGAUGUAGUUGCAAUUGAUGCCAGUGGGACUCUUGUGGAUUUUCAUGAGUUGUGGGUGACUCAUCAAUAUUCAAGGGUGCCAGUUUUUGAGCAGCGCGUGGAUAAUAUCGUGGGUAUUGCCUAUGCAAUGGAUCUGCUGGAUUAUGUUCAGAAGGGUGAGCUGCUAGAAAGGACAACUGUGGGAGACAUGGCUCACAAACCAACAUAUUUUGUGCCUGAUUCAAUGUCAGUCUGGAAUCUUCUUAGAGAGUUCCGCAUCAGAAAGGUCCACAUGGCUGUUGUUCUUAAUGAAUAUGGUGGAACAGUAGGAAUAGUAACCCUGGAAGAUGUUGUCGAAGAGAUUGUAGGUGAAAUCUUCGACGAAAAUGAUUCAAAAGAAGAGAUUGAGAAGAAAACUGGCUACAUUGUGAUGCGAGCAGAGGGAAUAUACGACGUUGAUGCAAACACAUCUAUUGAUCAACUCUCUGAGGAUCUAAAUGUCAAAAUGCCAGAGGGCCAUCAGUACGAGACAGUUUCGGGUUUUAUAUGCGAGGCAUUUGGAUAUAUCCCAAGGACAGGUGAGACCAUUAAAGUGGUGCUUGAAAAGGAAACUCAAGAAGAUGUGGAUGAGCAUACUGAAGGCAAGUCUGACAGACAAGAACUAAAGGAAAAGCAUCAAAUAUAUAAACUUGAGAUAUUAGCUGGAAAUGCCAGAAAGGUCAGUGCUGUUCGGUUUGAACAGAUAAACAAUGGUGAGGCACUAUUGGAGGCCAACGAAGUAACUCGCUUGGUACCCAGGAUCAUGAAGAGAAAAUGGAGCAGUGAUGAAGAGUCCGAUGGUAGUGAUUAUGAUGAAGAUGAUGAAGAUUCAUUCCAGAAGAGACCAGAGCAUAGUCUUUCCGAUUCGAAUGUAAUUGCUGAACAUGAAGAGGACAAUGAGAGUCCCAGUGGACAGUAGUUUACAUCUUUUUUUUUUUCCUCUCUGAUUUUUACAGCUCCAUGAAAUGGUUUGAGAAACAGAACAGGGACACAAGAGAGACUAACAUUGUAAAAUUUUUUCACAGAUGAAGUGAGGUAUCUACAUCUGAUUCAUCAAA